AUGUCCUAUAACAACCGACGAUCCCAUCCUCCCUCCACCCCCUCCACCACCGCCUCUACCUCUUCCCCCGAAACAUUCUCCGAACAGGUCGCCAAUCUCAUCAGUCGUUACGAAUUAGCCCUCCCGCAAUUAGCUCUCGCCAUUGAUUACGAGCGCAACAGUGGCCUAGAUGUAUCCGAGCAUACGCAGACACUUUUCAGCAUCUAUCGAAAAUUAGAGUCAGUCCUAACUUCAGAUUCGUUCAGACAAGAGGAUGAGCGUCUUCAGCAACGAGGACGCAUGAUUGUGAAGGACACGCUGCUUUUGCAUAGAACCUUUGAUCUGCGUGGCGCUGAGGCUGCGGUGGAAAAGUAUCAUCUUAGGCAGUUUUAUUGA